CAGCCGGGCCCCGCCCAGGGAGGGCGGCCGCGCUGCGCCGCCAUGUCGGGAGCGCCGGGGCCGGGGCCGGGGCCGGGCAGGUCCCCGCUGCCCUGCGCCCCCCGCCCCGCCGCCGUACUCCAGCUGGGCGGGGGGGCCGAGCCGGCGCGGCCCGGCGUCGCCGUCAUCGACCUCCGCUUCCCCCGCGGAGCCGCCGCCGACGUGCAGGAGAUUGUCUUCAGGAACUUCUACACCGCCUUCCUGAGCGUGCGGGUGCAACGGCCCGGCCCCGCCGGUUCCCGGCGCUGGGUGACCUGCCUGCGGGACUACUGCCUGAUGCCCUGCCCGCACACCGAGGAGGGCUCCCAGGACUACUUCUCCCUCCGCCGCCACCAGAUGCUGUGUGACGUGGACCAGGUGACAGCGGUGCGGUUCAUCCUGCGGCAGCCCUCCCCAGUCUGGCUCCACUUCACCAUUGAGGAGCUGCAGAUUUUUCCCCCUGGACCGAAGAGCCCCCAGAAGGAUUUCCCCUCCUGGCUCUCCCAGCUGACCCCUCCGGAGCAGCCAGCCAGCCUGCACGGGGAGCUCCCCGACCCGGAGAAGGUGUCGACGGAGGUACAGCAAAUGUGGGUGCUGACGGAGGUGAUCCGGGCUCGCCAGGCAGCUGCCCGCAUCGGGCGCUUCGACGUGGACGGCUGCUACGAUAUCAACCUGCUCUCCUACACGUGAGCCCCGCGGGUGCCGGCCGGAGGGAGCUCCACGCUCCCGAGGCCCAAGCAGAUUCCUGCGCUCCCGCAUCGGCCCCGGGGGGGGUCCAGGCCCUCCCCAUGCCCCUUCCCCAACUCCUCCUGUGCUGGCCGGCGAUGGCGGGCAGUGCUGCCGCCCUGGAGCCCCCCAGGAGCCUCUCCCAGGCCGGUGCCCUCUGCGUUUGGCCCGUCCCAGCGGGCAGAGCCCGGCUCCCUCACCCUACCUCUGCCCCGGGGAACUGCCGCUGGCCCUGCCUGCCCUGCCUGCCCUGCCUGCGGGAUGAGACUCCUGCAGAAAAGGGGGUGCUGGGGUGGCCUCCGGCAUGCUCGGGGGGGCGAGGAGGUGCCGGGGGGCGACGUGGGGAGCCUCGGUCACGACUAAAAGCUGCUACCUUCGUC